AUGGGCUCUCUCUGUUCCAAAUCGUCGAAUCACGAAGGUGGCCACACUGUGUUAGGUUCAGAGCCCAGCGGCCAGAACACUGUCGGUGGUGCUCGUACGGCACCUGCAAAUGCUCGCACUGCCGCUGCGGAAGCAGCAGAACGUCGGCUACAGGCGGCUCAAAGAAGGGGCACAAAUAAUGCGAAUCCUAACGCAGGCAAGCUUGCUGGUCAAUUAGCAAAACAGAACAGUUCGAAACCUGCCACUCAGGCCCGAGAAGAAGAGCGACUAGUGGUGCGUUCCCUCUUUCCUCACCAACGUGCCGUCGUUUAUCAGCUGUGA